AUGACUCGUAUUCCAAAAGAAUUAGAUGCAGCAGCUCGCGAUACGCCCACUGCCGAUCCGUCCUCUGUCUUGAAGGACAAGUCAGGGUGCAGCUUGGUUACGCCUGGAAAGGAGAGUCGGAUUCCGUUCGUCGCGGGUAGCCCCUCUUUCGAAUUCCAGAGUGGUGAAGCUGCUUCAAGAAAACCAGUCACGGCCCCGACUCAAACCCCCAAUGAGCGUACAUACACCAGAGACGAGGUGGAGACCAUGAUCACCGCAGCCAUUCGGAACUACACUCAAACCUUACCCCAGGAUAACCGGCCUAGAAGAGACCUUAAGCGUUCCCCGAAUGAAGGACGGGCUGAGGAUGAAUGCGACAGCUAUUCUGAGAAUCGAGAAGGCAACAGUCAUGGCAUCAGGACGGAGGUUGAUAGCCUGAGGCGCGAUAUGGAUGAGUUAAAAGCUCUGCGGAACGGACCAACACGAGAUCUCGCAGGAUCUAGCCCCUUCGCCAGGCAUCUCGAUAACGACCCCAUACCAGCUAAUUACCGACCAAUUCUGUUCGAAUAUAACGGCACGUCAGAUCCAGCCGAGCACUUGAGUCGGUUCAACAACACAGCAUCGCUCCACCAGCUCACGGAGGGGGUGAAGUGCCGCGCCUUCGUCACCACUUUAGCUGGGCCGGCUCAAGCCUGGUUCGGUUUGUUGCUGCCUGGGAGUAUACAUUCCUUUGGACAGUUUGCUAAGGCCUUCAUGAAUCAAUUCGCUAGCUCGAAGAAGUGCAAAAAAACCUCGCUGUCGCUGUUCAGCAUCCGCCAGAAAGAGAAAGAAAGUUUGCGGAACUAUAUCAAACGGUUCACUUCGGCCAUGCUGGAGGUCCCCACCACGAGCGACGAGGUGCUUAUGGCAGCUCUUUCACAAGGAUUAAGGGAUGAUGAGUUCUUUCGAGCCCUGGCGCUGGAACCCUCACCUGAUUUCGACAAUUUGUUGGAAAGAGCAUCCAGAUUCAUCAAUCUUGAAGAAGCCCGACAACAGAAAGUAGAGGAAUCUCACCAGACGCUGAAUGCGCGAGCCAACGAAGCCAGGAAAAGUAAGGAGCCCAUGUUGCCCCGAAGAGAUGCAAUACCCGGCGUUGGCACUGGUCGAGGCACCGUCUCGGAUGCCAAGGGGUCCCGAUAUCAGUCGUACCAGCCUCUCACGGCACCCUUAUCCCAAGUGUUAUGCGCAAACGAGAAGAGGCCUGACUUGCGUUGGCCUCGGACUGCCCGAGAAGAGCCUCGCCGAAAUCCCGCAUUAGGUAGCUUUUGUCGUUUCCAUAACGAAUACGGACACAUGACGGAUGAUUGUUCACAUUUGAAAGAUGAGGUGGAGCGUCUUAUCAGAGAUAACAAAAUCGGGGACUUUGUGAAGAUAGACCCUCCCCGAGGGCAAAAGCGCGAAGCUCAAUUCGGAAAUCCUGCACGAGUCCCGCCUCCGCCACCGAUACCCAAACGAGGGUACAUCCAGAUGAUUUCGGGAGGACCUACGGGAGGGGACACUCACCGAGCUAGGCGGCGUCAUCUCGGUAACCUCAAGAAUAACCAUGAAAUCUGCCAAAUCUCUGCACCGAAGCGCCGUCAGUAUCCCACCAUCUCGUUCGGACCCGAGGAUGAAGCAGAUCUCGAUGAUUUUCAUUGCGAUCCCCUCCUUAUCACAAUCAACGUCGGAGGGUACGAUGUAGCCCACGCCUUUGUCGAUUCGGGGAGCUCGGUUGAUGUCAUAUCUUACGAAUGCUUCCUACAAAUGGAACUCGAUCUCCCAAUCUUCCCUGUCACCACCCCGAUAUUUGGAUUCACGGGAGGAUCCUUGACUCCGAUCGGACAGGUCAAGAUCCCCGUCACCAUGGGAACACCGCCUCGAGCACGUACACAAACUGUCAACUUUGUCAUUGUCGAGGGGUCCACUACCUCGUACAACAUCGUGAUAGGGCGGCCGAUGAUGCACAUCUUCCGGGCGAUUCCCUCAACUAUUCACCAAAAGCUCAAAUUUCCAGUUGACGGAGUAAUAGGAGAAGUCCGUGGUGAUCAAGCUCAGUCACGAUCUUGUUACGUAGAAAUGGUCAAAGUGGCGGAAAAAAGACGACGUGAUACCUUCACUAAAGAAGAUCUGGGAGACGAGAAACGCCCUCGGAUUGACCCGGAAGACAAAGUCGCUCAUGUACAGCCCAUGGACGAGUUGAUGACAAUUGACCUUGGCCCUGGCACGUCGAAGCAGACCCAGAUAAGCAAAGACCUGGAACCACCCUUUCGAGAUGAGUUGAUAGCAUUAUUGCGAUCUAAUGUAGACGUCUUCGCAUGGCAGCCCAGCGACCUGACUGGUAUCGCACCUCGCACCGCUGUACAUAGGCUCAAUCUGCGACCCGAGUGCAAACCUAUCAAACAAAAGCGACGACACUUCGGCAUUGAAAAGGACGAAAUUAUCAAACAAGAAGUCCAACGACUUCUCGAUAUUGGGCAUAUUAGGGAAAUCCAAUUCCCCACCUGGUUAUCCAAUGCGGUGUUGGUGCAAAAGACUAAUGGACAGUGGCGGAUGUGCAUCGAUUUUCGGGACUUAAACAAGGCCUGCCCGAAAGAUGACUAUCCCUUACCCCGCAUAGACCAGCUCGUAGACGCUACCGCCGGAUGUGAGCUACUCAGCAUGAUGGACGCUUCGCAAGGAUACCACCAGAUCCCGUUGGAGGAAAGGGACCAACCUGCAGUGAGCUUUAUCACAGCCACGGGCACUUAUUGUUAUGUGGUGAUGCCUUUUGGCCUGAAAAAUGCGGGAGCUACGUAUCAAAGGCUAAUGGACAGGAUGUUUCGGGCUCAACUCGGGCGCAAUAUCGAAGUUUACGUCGACGACAUGCUGGUCAAAAGCAAAAAGUGCUCCACGCACCUUGCUGACUUGGCUGAGACAUUUGCCACCCUUCGCCUUUAUGGGAUGAAGUUGAACCCGGCAAAAUGUGCAUUCGCAGUAAGGGCUGGAAAAUUCCUCGGGUAUGUAGUUAAUCGAGAAGGUAUCAAGGUGAACCAAGAUAAAGUCGAGGCGGUACUCCGAAUGACUCCUCCUCGGUCUAUCAAAGAAGUUCAGUCCUUAGCAGGUAAAGUGGUGGCUUUGGCUCGAUUCAUAUCGCGAAUGGCUGAUAAAAGUCUGCCUUUCUUCAAAGUCUUGAGAAAAGCGGCACAGUUCGAAUGGACCGAAGAAUGCCAACUCGCGUUCGAGGCGCUAAAAGUUUCGUUAACUCGCCUGCCCAUCCUUAGCACCCCUGAGAAAGGUGAAACCUUAUUCGUAUAUCUAUCGGUGGGAGACGAAUCGAUUAGUUCGGUCUUGUUCAAAGAAGUAAGUGGUCAACAACGACCGAUCUAUUACAUCAGCAAGAUCCUCACUAACUCGGAGAUUAGGUAUUCAGAAGUUGAGAAAAUAGCAUACGCGUUGGUCCUCACUACGCGGCGAAUCCGGCCUUAUUUCUUAUCUCACACAAUGGUAAUCCGUACGAGCUUACCACUCCGUCAAACUCUAGGCCAGCCUACGGCAUCGGGACGAAUUGUUAAAUGGGCAGUUGAGUUAGGACAAUAUGAAAUUCAAUAUCAACCUCGUACCUCGGUCAAAGGACAAGCGUUGGCGGAUUUCAUCCGGGAAACCACUAGGAUACCUAUGGAGAAAGAGUGGAGAGUCUACGUGGAUGGGUCAUCUACAGCGACAGGAGCAGGGGCAGGAAUCAUAAUCAUCGACCCCACGGGAAUCGAGGUGGAAUUUGCUGUUAAAUUACCACGAGUCUCCAAUAACGAAGCGGAGUAUGAAGCCUUUAUCCGGGGUAUGGAAAUCGCCCAAGAACUCGGUGCACGGGUGGUACGAAUAAACUCCGACUCUCAAUUGGUUAUACAUCAGUUAGAAGGGGAUUACGAAGUGAAGAACGAUAGAAUGAAAGGAUAUGUAAACAAAGCCCGAGCAAUACAAGAAACUUUAGAAGCUUGCACCGUACAUCAGAUUCCGAGAAACGACAACCAGCGAGCCGACUUCCUCGCUAAAAUUGGGUCGUCGGUCGUCGACUGCGUUGAAAGGAAGAUCUCCAUUCUCAUUGCUCCUACGCCGACACCCGGAAUCAUGAUGAUCGAUGAGGAAUCCGAUUGGCGAACACCUUUGUUCGCAUAUUUCAGAGGGGAACGAACCGGUACAACUAGAGAGCAACAUCGCUUAGCAUACAAAGCCAGACACUUCUACGUGCGACAUGGGAUAUUAUAUAAAAGAAACUUCACCACGGUGGAUGCGAGAUGCUUAGGAAAACAAGAGGUGAAACAUGUUCUGGACGAAGUACACCGAGGAGGUUGUGGAGAACAUGGAGGAGCUCGGGCCCUCAUACAGAAAUUACAUCGGGCUGGAUACUAUUGGCCCGGCAUGAAGAGAGACACCCAUCAAUAUGUGCAACGUUGCAUACAAUGUCAGAAAUUUGCCCCACUUAUCCAUAAACCGGGAGAAGAAAUGACCAUCAUGAGCGCCCCCUGCCCUUUUGCCCAAUGGGGAAUUGAUCUAGUAGGACCUUUUCCUCAAACCGCUGGCAGAAAGAAAUUCUUCAUCGUCGCGGUGGAUUAUUUCACCAAGUGGGUUGAAGCUGAGGCCUUGUCAAAAAUAACAGAGGACGAGGUCAUGCAUUUCAUUUGGAAAUAUAUUUGUUGUCGGUUUGGCCUACCCCGAAGUCUCGUCUCGGAUAAUGGCACUCAAUUCAAUGGCAAAAAGAUUCGCGCAUGGUGUGAAGAGAUGAAAAUCACACAGAAGUUUGUGGCAGUAGCACACCCUCAAGCCAAUGGCCAGGUCGAAUCUACAAAUCGAACCAUUGUCAACGGCUUAAAAAAGAGGAUAGACGAACUAGGAGGCAGCUGGGUGGAUGAGUUACCUUCGGUCCUUUGGUCCUACCGAACCUCGGCCAAAGCAGCUACCGGUGAAACACCAUUUCGGUUAACCUAUGGAACUGAAGCCGUUAUUCCAGUAGAAGUGGCAAUGGAUACACUCCGCAUAGCCACGUUCGAUGAAGAAGCAAAUGACGGUGCAUUGAGAACCCGGCUGGACGAGAUUUUUGACUUGCGAGAAGCAGCCUAUUUACACAUGGAACGAAGCAAGAAUUUAAUCAAGGCCCGAUAUGACCAAGGGGUCCGAUCUCGCUCAUUCCAGAUCGGUGAUCUCAUUCUACGACGAGCUGAUGCCCUAAAACACACAGGAAAACUGGAAGCUAAUUGGGAAGGACCAUACGUGGUCACAAAGUGCUUGGCUGGUGGAGGGUACGAGCUGGCAGAUGUAGAAGGAAAACCAUUGCCACGGGCAUGGAAUGUCAUCCAUUUGAAACGCUUCCUCGCGUAA